CACACACGCGAUGACCACGGACACGCACACGCACAUGCCCAUGACCACGGACAUGACCACGCUCAUGACCACGGACAUGGGCACGCUCAUAAUGAGGAUGUUGUUCGAGUGCAAAAGGAGGAAAGUGGCCAUGGGCACUCGCACGGAGGGGAGAGAGUGAAGAGGGAGGCAGAAGGAGAGAAGAGGGACAUGGUGGAGCUCUGGACACAGGCUGUCGGAGCGACCCUGCUGAUCAGCGCGGCCCCUUUCCUCAUCCUGUUUCUGAUCCCAGUCCAGUCCAACAGCGACCAGCACCAGAACCUGCUCAAGGUGCUGCUCAGCUUUGCCUCCGGCGGACUGCUGGGUGACGCCUUCCUCCACCUCAUACCACACGCUCUGGAGCCCCACUCUCAUCAUGGAGAAGAUGAUCACGGACACUCGCAUGCAAAUGAAGAGUCCAAUGACCACGGCCACUCUCACGGAGCUGCCCACGGUCACAUGAUGUCAGUGGGUUUGUGGGUUCUCGGUGGGAUCAUCGCCUUCCUGGUUGUAGAGAAAUUUGUGCGUCUCCUGAAGGGAGGGCACGGCCAUGGACAUUCCCAUGGCCACUCACACGCUGCUCCCAAGGAAAAGGACAGUGACGGAGAGGAGGAAAAGGAAAAGAGGAAGAAGAAAGAGGAGAAAGGAAGCAAAGAUGAGAAGAUGCCAAAGAAAGAGGAGAAAAAGAGCACAGACAUCAAGGUGUCAGGUUACCUGAACCUGGCAGCGGACUUCACACAUAAUUUCACUGACGGCCUGGCAAUCGGAGCUUCAUUCCUGGUCAGCCCAGCAGUGGGCGCCGUCACCACCCUCACCAUCCUGCUGCACGAGGUCCCCCACGAGAUCGGAGACUUUGCCAUCCUUGUACAGUCCGGCUGCACCAAGAAAAAGGCCAUGUGUCUACAGCUGCUGACAGCCUUGGGAGCUCUGGCCGGCACGGCGUGCUCCCUCAUGGCGGAAGGCGUGGGCGCCGCGGCGACCGCCUGGAUCCUGCCGUUCACAGCCGGCGGGUUUGUUUACAUAGCCACGGUGACGGUGCUGCCGGAGCUGCUGGUGGGCCGCUCCAGUUUCGGCCAGUCCCUGAUGGAGAUUCUGGCCCUGCUGUUCGGAGUCGGCAUGAUGGUGCUGAUCGCCGAGUACGAGUGAGACGCAGCAGGGAGGACAGAAACUCCUCACGGAGCGAGACGCGAAGGGAGGGAACAGAGAGACAGAGAGGGAAGAGGUUGAAAAGGUUUAAAAAAAAAAAAAAAAAA